AUGAACGAAGUGAGGAUGGAAUGUGCUACCCCUCCAAGAGAUACCAACAUGUCGUCCAGCCGUUGUUGUAGUAAGAGUAUUAUCCUUCUUGCCAUGAUCACCUUGACCUCUCUCCCCUUGGCAGCAGCUGCUACGCCAGAAGCACCCCAUCUGAACGGCACGCACUUUCGCAUCACAGCUCUGGAAGAGCAUGGUUUCUUGGACAUUGCCCCCGAUGGCAAGAGCUUUUCGGGGUAUCUGAUUGACAUGAUAGACGCCUUGUCUAAACCGGAUCGUGCCAAUUUCACGUUUGACUUGUUGCCACCGAGUGGGUACGGGUCGCUCUGCAAUCCACGCCUGACUCCCCUCGACGCUGGUGCCUACAAUGCUUCCUUUCGAACUCAGUACAACUGUGGAGCCACCGAUGUCAAUGAUGGACCCAACACUACGUAUGCUACCGACAUGUACUUGGGCAUGUACUAUGUCACUCCUUCCCGACAGCUCAUUAACCAAUUCACGAUACCCUUUCUGCCACCCUAUUCGGGGACAUUGGCCAUGUUUGGUACCGCCACUGGUAUUCCCAACUUUGAAGCCCUCGUGGAACAACAACAGAGUGGGAUACUGUCGCCAGAUGUGACCUGUGGUCCGGCUGGAUCCGCUCUGAUUGAAUCCGUGGUACAAUCCUUUCCGGGAUUGCAAAUACGAGGCAUCUAUGGCGGAGAAGAGGAAAUCUACCAAGCCUUUGUGGACCGCUCUUGUCAAGUCUACAUUACCGAUGGACCCAUUGCGGCACAGUUUGUCCUCCGACGGUCGCGGAGAGAUCAAUGUACCGAUAGUACCGGGGCACCCAUUGGCGUCAUUGGGGAUCCCAUGCAAUUUGGAUUGUCACAUUAUGCCAUUGGAAUUCGACAAGAUAUUGAUCCCAAUGUGGCGCACACGUUGUCGUACUGGAUGAACAUUUUAAUGACGUGCAAUCCACUCGAUCCGACGGGUCCGUGUCCCGACGGAAACUUUGCCACCUUUUACAAAGGACGUGGUGGCACGGGAGAAGAAUGUGGCUAUGUACUCUAUCCCGAACAAGGUCUCACGACGGGUGCUCUAGCUGGAAUUGUCAUUGCCGUGGUCGUGUUCGUAGUGGCGAUCUACACACUCUGGCACAGGUACCGACUGGCACGACAGCGACACCGGUAUGCCAAAAAGUCGCAAGCUGCCAUGGCACAAGCCCAACGAGAACGAGAAUUCAACGAAUACAUGGCGCAUGAAAUCCGUGGACCACUGUCCUGUGCCAUUCCUGCCAUUUCCUUUGUGGCAUCCAAAUCCAGUGAUCCCAACAUUGUGCCCGAUCCCGAACACCGCGCAUUGAUCAAGGCCGAUAUCAAUGUCAUUGAUUCCUCCCUCCAAUUUGUCAAUGAACUGUUGCGCAAUAUGCUGGACUUGCACCGCACACAAACGGGUCACACUAUCAAACUGCACAUGCUCCCCACGGAUAUUCAAAACGAUAUCUUUGAACCCAUUUCGACAAUUCUCUUUAUGCGGGGUGCCGCCGUCAAAAUUGAAACCGUCUGUCAUCCUCCGGGCUUGACCAUUAUGGCGGACCGCAUGAGGCUCAAACAACUCUGUUUGAAUUUGGCCGCCAAUGCCUCCAAGUUUGUACAGCAAGGAUAUAUUCGAUUGCGAGCCGAAGUCGUGCCGUUGGAAGAAGCAUCACCAACCCAAUCUUCCUCGGAAGCAGACGAGACGGGGGACAUUGAAGAUCAACAGCUCAGCGGCAGUCAUAAAACGCAGAGUAUGGCCGGGGCGGUAAUCUUGUACGUGGAAGAUUCGGGGCCGGGUAUCCCGGAAGAAAAGAGAAAAUCACUCUUUGCCAAAUUCCAAGACAGUCGCGAUGUACUCAAUCAAGGAACGGGAAUUGGCCUCAGUGUGUGCAAGAAUUUGAGUGAACUCAUGGGUGGGACGCUGGAUCUGGACGAUGACUUUGACAGUGGCAUCCCGGGGUGUCUCGGGACACGCUUUCGGUUGCGGUUGAACCAAAUGCCACUCGACAUGGACAAUGUCGGGGGGAGCCAGCAUGCAAGAGACUUCUUCAACAACGAAAAGGAAUACAACAGCCUCUCUGGAAGCUUGCGGGAGGACUUGCCGGAAGACCUCAAAGUCCUGUUCGUUGACGACGACUUGAUGCUUCGAAAGAUGUUUUCUCGGGUGUUGACAUUGGCAGCGCCAACUUGGAAUUUCAAGGAGGCAUCCAAUGGGGAAACUGCACUCAAGAUUGUGGAGGAAGAAGAAUUCGACAUCAUCUUUGUCGAUCAAUACAUGGCUUCGGUUGAAAAGCAGCUUCUGGGGACUGAAACUGUAAGAGCACUCCGAGCCAAAGGAGUAGACAGCAUAAUAUGUGGCCUCAGUGCCAACGAUCUGGACGAACAAUUUUCAGAAGCGGGGGCAAACGCUUUCAUGGUAAAGCCAUUUCCAUGUAAGAAGGAGCUCCUGAAGGAUGAACUGCGACAAAUGCUUCAAAGCAGAGAACAAUGGCAUCAGGACCUGCCACGAUAA